UGUCUUUAAAAAUUAUAAUAUUAUGGCAUUACUUAUAUUAAUUGCGAUCAUUACUAUAAUUGGUUUAAUCUAUUAUUAUUUGAGCCGUAAUUUGCAUUUCGGUACCACUGUUGGCAUUCCUGGACCGAAACCKCUACCAAUUAUCGGCUCUUUUUAUAAAAACUUUACGAAAAUACUACAAGAAGUAUAUGUCGAUAAUGUUAGASAAUAUGGCAAAAUCUAUUGUGAUUAUAUUGGAUCGAUGCCAACAGUGGUUAUAUCGGAUCCACAAUUGAUUAAAGAUAUUAUGAUAAAAGAUUUUCAUAAGUUUAGCGAUAGAGACGACUUAAUCACUGGCGAUAUACUGAGCGAUAGAUCACUAUUUAAUCUAAAGGGAAAUGAAUGGAAAAAUAUGCGAUCAAUUAUAAGUCCAACCUUUUCGUCGGGCAAAAUGCGUUCAAUGCAUCCAAUAGUCAGCGAUUGUAUCAAACGAUUGGAUGAAAAUUUUGAAAAACAAUUAACGAAUAAAAAAGUGGCCGAAAUAGAGGUCAAGAAAAUGAUGUCGAGUCUGACUAUGGAUGUGAUCGCUUCGUGUGCUUUUGGGACCAAAAUCGAUACCUAUGGACAACAAAAAAGUGAAUUUCUUAUAAACGCACAGAAAGUUAGCACUCAGUCGUUGCGUACAUUUGUCUUCUUCUUCACGGUUACAUUGUUUCCCAAAUUGAUUCAAUGGACAGGAUUUACGAUUAAUCAUCCAAAUGUCGAUGGAUUCUUCAGGACAGCUAUCCGAUCGAUUAUCAGUCGCCGAAAGACUGAAAGUAUUAAAAGUAAAGAUUAUUUGCAACUCAUUUUGGACGCACAGAAUAAAACACUGGACACCACUGACGACAAAGAUAUAGUUGUUGAUAAUAGUGAAGAGAUUUAUGGAUCAAUUGGUGACAAACAAAACACUAUUGAUAAGUCCAAGAUUGAUAUCAACGAAGACGAUGUUUUGGCCACUAGUAUGUUGUUUAUUGUCGCUGGAUAUGAAACUACCGCUUCUUUGUUGACAUUUUUGACAUACAAUUUGGCGAUGAAUGACGACUGCCAACAAAAAUUGUACGAAGAAAUCAAACAAUUUGAUGGCAACUAUACCUAUGAGUCCAUCUCAAAGAUGCCAUAUCUUGAGGCGUGUAUUGCAGAAACACUUCGUAUUUACAAUCCAUUGAUUUUUGUCAAUAGAAUGGCUGCUGAAGAUUAUAAAUUGGGCGAUACCGGUAUAACUUUACCAAAGAAAACUGUUAUUAGCGCUAACAUCCAAUAUAUACAUCACAGUCCCGAAUAUUAUCCCGAACCCGAUCGUUGGAAUCCCGAACGGUUUAUGCCCUACAAUCGGGAUAAGUUAGUUCCCUAUACUUAUAUGCCGUUUGGUUUGGGUCCCAGAAAUUGUGUGGGAAUGAGGUUUGCAUUGAUGGAGGCMAAGACAGCCGCAGCCCGUUUGGUCAAUAAAUAUCGAUUUAUGCGGACAGACAAYACUCCCGAUAAACUAAAACUYAUGAAAAUGCAAUUUUUGCUUAAAUGUGAAGAAUUUAAAGUAGGAAUUGAACAUAGAUGUAUACAUAAAAAAUCAAAUAAAAUGAUUUACUUGUUAAUAACAAUUAUUAUUAUUUUGUUAUUAUUAUACUAUUACACUACCCGUAACUUUACCUAUUGGUCAUCGCGUGGUAUUACUGGACCGAAACCGUAUCCAAUAUUAGGCAAUUUAUUUUCAAAUUUUAUAAAACCACUUCCCGACCUAUUGUUGGAUAAUCAUAAAACUUAUGGCAAAGUUUACGGUACAUAUUUGGGUAKUCGACCAGUACUUAACGUAUCGGAUCCACAAUUAKUAAAAGAUAUGAAUAUUAAAGACUUUCAUGUGUUUGUCGACMGAAACGACUUUAAUUUUGUCGACGAAUUACAAGAAAGAUCUUUAUUUAAUCUAAARGGGAAUCAAUGGAAAAAUAUGCGAUCAAUUAUAUCGCCGACCUUUUCGUCGGGCAAAAUGCGUGCAAUGCAUCCGAUUAUCAUUGAUUGUGUUCAUCGUUUGGAUGAAUAUCUGGAGCCAAAAGCCGUCAACAAAGAGACAAUUGAAAUGAAGAAAACAAUGGGUUGUCUGACAAUGGAUGUGAUCGCUGGCUGUGCUUUCGGUACCAAAAUAGACACAUAUAAUGACCGAAAGCCGAGUGAGUUUGUCAUUAAUGCCCAGAAGGUGUUUACUGUUAGUUUCAGAUCCAUUGUAUUCAUGAUUAUGCUAUCGUUGAGUUCAAAAUUAAUUCAAAUAACUGGACUUAAAUUUACGGCGCCUUCAGUUGAAAAUUUUUUUACACAAGCGAUCCAAUCAAUUAUAGCUAAACGAAAGUCUGAAAAACAUCGAAAAUAUAAAGACUAUUUGCAACUGAUUUUGGACGCAAAAGACAAAACAUUGGACAUCAAUGAGGAACAGUUGGUCAUCAGUGGUGAUCAAAGUGAAGAAAUUUACGGACAGUUAGACGAUAAGGCAAUAAGCAAAUCGAUAAUUAACAAAAUAGACAUAACCGACACCGACAUACUGGCCUCRUCUUUCUUGUUUCUAGUGGCUGGCUAUGAGACUACCGGUUCUCUGUUGUCAUUACUAGUCUAUAGACUGGCAUUGGAUGAGAAAUGUCAGCAAAAAUUAUAUGAAGAAAUUAAACAAUUUGAUGGUCAAUACGAUAAUUACGAGACAAUCGCYAAAAUGCCAUAUCUUGAGGCCUGUAUAGCGGAAACACUUAGAAUCUAUAAUCCCUUACCAAUGAUCGGUCGGAUGGCAUCACAAGACUAUAGAAUUGAGAGUAUUGGACUAACAUUACCAAAGGGAAUGCUCGUUAACUUUGAUAUACAAUCACUACAUCACAAUCCCGAAUAUUAUCCCGAACCCGAUCGUUGGGAUCCCGAACGGUUUAUGCCCUACAAUCGGGAUAAGUUAGUUCCCUAUACUUAUAUGCCGUUUGGUUUGGGUCCCAGAAAUUGUGUGGGAAUGAGGUUUGCAUUGAUGGAGRCMAAGACAGCGGUCGUCUAUUUGUUAAAUAAAUAUCAUUUUUUUCGGACACCGAAAACAAAAUUGCAGUUAAAAGCACCGAUUAUGCAAUUUUUGCUUAAUUUGAAACCAAUUGAUAUCGGUAUUGAAUUGAGACAAACUAAUUAA